AUGGUCGGCGUUGGAGGUCGUUCAAAGGCGUGUGCAGCCUGUCGUCGGCGUCGUGUAAAAUGUGACGAGAGAAAACCAAAGUGCCUGCGAUGCGUCAAAGGCAAUUACGAUUGUGGUGGAUACCGCGAGAUGCGCUUCAUCCAGUUUGGAGAGGCUUUGAGUCAGCCAGAGAAUGCAGCCGCUUCCAGCACCGAUAGCAAUAACGCUGGUGAUCAGGCUCUUGCACUUCGCCAAGCGUCUGACACGACCAGCAAACACCAAGUCCAUUCUCUCUCAUUGUCAUUAUGUCCUAUUCCAAGCAUUUCUUCAUUCCAGGACGAUAUAUGCGUUACGUAUACCUUGACGCAUCUCUUAAACGGAGCCUCCUACGACGGCAAAACGCGAGCCCCAUCUCACCACUGGUCAGAUGAACCACUAGCGAACACAUGCUUUCUCUCUCUUGCUACGACUUACUUUGGGAGCCAGCAUAGAGAGGAAAGAUUAGUUAAGAAGGGCCUGCAGUUAUAUGGAGUAGCUUUGAGAGAGUUGCACACAGCACUGGCAGACGCUCAUCAAUGUCAAACCCGCAACGUGCUCGACUCCGUUGUUACUCUAAACUUUCUUGAGUUCCUUAUAUCGGACAAUCCAGACGGAUGGCUAGGUCAUUCAUCAGGACUCGAGCGUCUUUUCGAAUUACGAGGACCGGAAUCCUUUCAAACAACUCCAGAGCGACUUAUCUUGGAGCAGUCGCGGCCCGGUAUCAUCUUCGCUUCGCUUGCUUUACGUAAAUCGACGAUUCUCUCGUCUCCAGAGUGGAAAAUGGUACCGUGGGCUGUACAUCAAGAGAAGAAGUCAUCGAUGCAAUUUCUCGUGGAUAUCCUUGCCGACUGCCCAUAUCUCUAUAUGGUAAAAGAAGAGAUUACUUCAAGCGGCGGUAUCCUUCUAGAGUUGAGCGCUGCCCAACAUAUCGUAAAUAAGGUUUCUGAGAUCUUGAAGAAGCUUGAGUCGUGGAAGAUUCAGUGGGAUUCAGAACAUGGAAAUGCUUGUUUUGAAGUUGCUGCUCCUCAAACUGGCCCUGUCUAUCACAACCCUGAUGGAGAAACCAUGUCAGUUUGGUCUACGAUUCUGCAUUAUGAAUCACUAUCGGCGGCGAAUGAGACCACGCUAUACAACGCCAUCCUUAUCUUACUACUGAAGCUUGCCCAAGACUUACUGCUCUUCACGGAUGACCCGAACUUUGGCGGCGAUCUCAUUGCGUCUCGAAUGUAUGCUGCUGGGAUCGAGAUAUGCCGUAGUGUCGAGUAUCAUCUUCUUCACUAUCAAGUUGGUGUCGGAAGCUUCUAUGUUCUCUUCCCAUUACGUAUGGCUUGGCAAGCAGUUGGCCGCAGCAAUUCUUGUAUAGGCCUGUGGCUUGAACACCUCUUGCAGAGGAUUGCUUUUGGCGUGCCUGUAGGCAAUUGUACAGUGGCAGGAAAAUGGGCAGUUGCUAGCUAUCUUCUAAAGGACUUUGCUAAUAUUAAGGGAACAGAAGGUUUUUGA